CACAGCGGGCGCUUCACAGCGGAGCAUCUUGAUUUCUUGUCUCACCCGAUGAAUACUUGACAAACAGGGCUUGAGUGUUGAAGUUUUGUUUUUAAGAGUAGCCUAUGUGUUGUUAUGGUAGCGUUUGUCGAAGUUGCACUGAGCGUUUAAAUGUGUGAAAACGGACGCGGAAAUUACAAUGUGCCCAAACUAAUUCUCAGUUAGGACUGAGAAGAACAAGCUGCACGUGCCUGUCCUCAUCUCAACUAAACCAUGGGGUCAUUCCGAAAGCCCAGACCCCGUUUCAUGAGCUCGCCCGUACUGUCCGACCUCGCCCGUUUUCAUGCCAGCUCGCCAACACUGCAGCUGUCCAACGCCAGUGUUUGGAACAGUGUUCAAACGGCUGUAAUUAAAGUCUUCCAAGGUGGUGGGCUACAAGCCAAUGAGCUCUAUAACCUGAAUGAAAGCAUAAGAUGGCUUUUGAGGACUGAACUGGGAUCAUUUAUCACUGAGUACUUUCAGGAUCAGCUCUUGAAUAAGGGUCUGACGUAUAUUUUGGAGAAGAUUCAGCUUCAUAACGAUGAAAGUCGUCUUCAAGCGCUGUCUGAGAUGUGGGUGAGGUUUUUCACAGACAUCCUGCCAACUCUUCAAGCUAUUUUCUACCCUGUGCAGGGUCAGGAGUUGACUGUGAGGCAAAUGACUCUGCUAGGCUUCAGGAACAUGGUUCUGUUAAAGCUUCCUGUGGAGAACAUGUUUCAGGGCUCCUCAUAUCCUCCUCCAAUCACACAGAUGCUGCUGAUCCUGCAGGGCAUUCAUGAGCCUAAUGGUCCUACGCAGGAGUAUUUCCUACUCGAGAGGCUAGUGGACAUGGUUAUAUCUCCCUACCUGAGUAACUACCUCAACAUGAACCCUAGCGAUUCCUCUUCAGGUGAGGAUCGUCUGGAAGGCUUGAGAUUGGUUAACGCUCCACACCUCAGUCAACCUGAGAUUAUGGUGACACAUUUUGCCCACGAGUCUUUCCUGGCACCUCUAAUCGAACACGAGGGUGAAGCCUAUUUGGAAAGGACUGGUGGUGUCCGACGCCACACAGUCGCCAAUGUGCAUUCGGACAUCCAGCUCCUGUCCAUGAAAAACAGGACGUGUUCAAAAAAAGUGGAGGUCAGUGGGGCAGCCAGGAUGACCAAGACAGAGAGCAAAAGGACACCUAAGACUUUCUGCAGUGAACCGGCCUUUUUUGACUCCAAGCCAGGUGGCGUGGAAAUCCUUCGAGGGCAAAGCACUGCAGAGAUUAAGUGUGGCCUAACUAGUUAGGAAGCUCCUCUCUCACACUCUCAAAACACCCACUGAGAUCUUGUAAAGUUACGAUAACUGAGACAAGCUAGAACAUGUUCGCUUAAUACAGUAUGAACUCUACUGCUGUGGAAAUGUGAGCUGUUUUGUGUGCUAAAUACUGUUUGGCCUGUCAGUUUAGCCUGUUUUUAAGAGCUUGGAGAGGGGAGGGUGGUUGAAGAAGCUUUUACUUCAGCCCUUUUUUUGUAAAGCAUGCAAAAAGUCGCACUUUCUGUCUUGGAGGUGGUAAAAUGGUGUGAAAAUAUGCUGGUGAGCUAACGGUUUACAAAGGUACAGCAGAAACCAUACUGAGACGCAUUUGAUCACAAACUAACUUCACUGCCUUACAAUUAAUGUCUUUACCUUCUCUUUCUUAAGCGAUCUUACCAUUUCAUUUCUUUGUAGUGGAAACUAAACAUGCUGACGUGAAGAAAAAUAUGAUUUUUAGUCUUUUUAUUAAUAUUUUGUUGGAAUUUUAAUAUUUAAAAAAUAC